GGGGUGUAGACUUCUCCCUAACACCCGCGGCCAUUGCGCGUAGUGCGUCUGUGUGCGCCGAGUCCAGCACGCUACGCUGCGUCUGUGUGCCAUGGUCUCUGCCCAACAGUGUUGACAAAAGGGUGAAAAGAACAGCCCCGAACCAAAACGAGCCAAGAAAACUCCAAAACCGGGGCUCGGGACAGGACCUACAGACCAAUCAGCAACAGGAAUGUAAUAGCGACAGUCCGCAGCUUUGUUUACGCGUAUUUUGCUGUCAUUUUAUGGGAGUUUGAGGAUUGUUGCAGUGCUGCUACUCGUGGGUUUGGCUGCUCCAGGCCGCUGCACUGCUCCGGGAAAGACAUCUGCUGUUUGCCCCGCGCUGGAGGAAUCAGAAGUUUAGAUUUGAUAACACCAGGACACAAACCUCCGCCUCCGUCUCCUCAGUGGAUCCAGGACAGGUCUUACGCUCGGAGCGCAUUGGGACCAUCAUCCACAGACCGCGGCUGCAGCUCGGGACUCCUGCUCUGUCUGUCAGCCUGUAGCAUUAGCAUUGCUAGCACCUGGAUUUACAUCUGCCUGGGAUGAUGGGUGAUCGCCCAAACCAGCCCAGGGCCAUGUCGUCUGCAGCCACCACAGCGCCCUCUGUGGACAAAGUGGACGGCUUCUCGAGGAAGUCUGUGCGCAAAGCCAAACAGAAACGUUCCCAAAGCUCCUCCCAGUUUCGCUCACAGGGAAAACCCAUCGAGCUCACGCCGCUGCCGCUGCUCAAAGACGUGCCGGCCCCGGAGCAGCCCGAGCUGUUCCUGAAGAAGCUGCAGCAGUGUUGUACAGUGUUUGACUUCAUGGACACUCUGUCCGACCUCAAGAUGAAGGAGUACAAACGCUCCACCCUCAACGAGCUCGUGGACUACGUCACUGUCAGCCGCGGCUACCUCACGGAGCAGGCCUACCCCGAGGUCGUCAAGAUGGUUUCUCACAACAUUUUCCGGACUCUUCCUCCGAGCGACAGCAACGAGUUUGACCCUGAAGAGGAUGAGCCCACUCUGGAAGCCUCAUGGCCCCAUCUACAGCUGGUUUACGAGUUCUUCAUCCGGUUCCUGGAGAGUCAGGAGUUUCAGCCGAGCAUUGCCAAAAAGUACAUAGACCAGAAGUUUGUCCUACAGCUGUUGGAGUUGUUCGACAGCGAGGAUCCGCGGGAGAGGGACUACCUGAAAACAGUGUUGCAUAGAAUCUACGGGAAAUUCCUGGGACUGAGGGCUUUUAUACGAAAACAGAUCAACAAUAUUUUUCUACGUUUUGUUUAUGAGACGGAGCACUUCAAUGGCGUGGCAGAGCUGCUGGAGAUCCUGGGCAGUAUAAUAAAUGGCUUUGCUCUGCCGCUGAAAGCUGAACACAAACAGUUCCUUGUUAAAGUGUUGAUUCCCCUCCACACGGUGCGGAGCCUGUCCCUCUUCCACGCACAGUUGGCGUAUUGCAUUGUACAGUUCCUAGAGAAAGACCCCACAUUAACAGAACCAGUAAUCAGGGGAUUACUCAAGUUCUGGCCAAAAACCUGCAGUCAAAAAGAGGUGAUGUUUUUGGGGGAGUUGGAGGAGAUACUGGAUGUUAUUGAACCCACACAGUUCGUCAAAAUCCAGGAGCCACUUUUCAAACAGAUCUCCAGAUGUGUGUCCAGCCCGCACUUCCAGGUGGCAGAGCGGGCCUUGUACUACUGGAAUAACGAGUACAUCAUGAGUCUGAUCGAAGAAAACUCCAGCGUCAUCCUGCCCAUAAUGUUUGCCAGCCUGUACCGCAUCAGCAAAGAGCACUGGAACCCAGCGAUCGUGGCGCUGGUGUACAACGUCCUGAAGGCUUUUAUGGAGAUGAACAGUACUUUAUUUGAUGAACUCACAGCCACCUACAAAUCAGACCGCCAGCGUGAGAAGAAGAAGGAGAAGGAACGUGAGGAGCUGUGGAAGAAGCUGGAGGACUUGGAGCUAAAACGCGGCCUUCGGAGCGACGCCAUUAUCCCCACUUAACGAACCUUAUGUCACUUCCUGUCCUGUCCCCUACACUUCCUCCUCCCGUUUCCCCGACAACGACGACGACCGCCAUUUUGUUCUGCUCCUCCUUCUCCACGAAUCGGGAGUCGAGUCAAAGCUGUUUUUUCUUAAUAAUUUUGAAUUUUUUUUUUUUUUUUUUUGUGUUUUGUGCGACUUUAUUUACCGUAGAACCAUCACUUUUUUGUUUAGCUAUCAUUAUUUCAAAGUAAAAGCACUGUAAAUAAUUACUAAAGUAGCUCGGAGGCAGGCGUCUCAGUGUGGGCUUUUAAUUUGAAAGUUCAUGCUGGUGAAUUUUCACAUUAAAAGUCUGCAUUUGGACGCAGACUUCCUGGAAUACCUUAGUUUUACCAUGACGUGGGUGAAUGAGACCUUCCCAGUCACUGUAAAUAAUUAUUUUUUUCUGUUUUUUUUUUUUCUGUUUCUCCCGUUAAAGCUGAUAAUAUUAUUGCGAAAACAAUACAAAAAUGACAAUAAUAAAAGAGAUAAAAAGUGGAAAUAGACUUUUGUGGGAAGGGGCUAUUAUUUUGGCGGGAUAAUAUUAGUUAAUGCUCCUGUUUAGAUUUUACUUUCACCCUUCACUUCCAGUGUCCUUUAAAAAUAACACUACAGAUAGAAAACGCUUGUCUGGAGUCGUUUACAUGCAAAAAGGAUUUACGUUUUGGACAAUUAAUUUCCAUAAUUUGCAUGUGAGGCUAGAAAGGAAAACAUGAUUUUUUUUUUUUUUUUGUCUUAAGCAAGUUGGACACUUUUUUUCAUAUAAAAUUAUGCUUCUGACUGAACCAGGACUGAACCAGGACUGAACCAGGACUGAACCAGGACUGAACCAGGACUGAACCAGGACUGAACCAGGACUGAACCAGGACUGAACCAGGACUGAACCAGGACUGAACCAGGACUGAACUAGAAUUGAACCAAGGACUCAACCAAGGACUCAACCAAGGACUCAACCAAGGACUCAACCAAGGACUCAACCAAGGACUCAACCAAGGACUCGACGAGGGACUAAAACGGGUCUGAACUCACCUCUGCUCUGAUAAUGCCUCUACUUUUUCACCCCGUUGAAAAGAAACAUCUUGUGAAUGUCUUAAAUUCUAGACACUAAACUUACAAUUUAGAUUUUUUUUUCUGCAAAACCUUAAAAAACCUUAAAUUUUUUAGUCCAAAACUAAUACUUGCUGCGUGUAAACCGACUCCUCCAUCUUUAGACCCGGUUCAUCUUUUCAUUUCUCAUCUUUUUGUCUUAAAACUGCUAAAAAAAAAAAUCUAUUCACUAUUCUACCUGUUUUUCAUCAUAGGCCAACUUUUCAGUUUUUCUGUGAAGCAAAAAAAUAUUCAAUUUCAGUUUGUAAUUUUUCAUUUCACGAAGUCAGACUCCACUUUAAAAACUAUUAAAACUCUUGAAAAGAUUUUGGAUUUCUUUUUAAAAGUCAUAUUCAUAAAAGUUGAAUGACGUAGAUUGUAUUAUUUUACCAUCACAACCUACAACCUAUUAAACUGAUAAAUUGUUGAGACAUUUUUUUUCCUAAAUACAUUUGACUAAAGCUGAAAUGUAACGUAAAAGUUUGAGCUAAAGCAUAGACCAAUGUACGUUAUUGCGGUAUCUGUAUCUGUACACUAAACUAAAAUUUCACAAUUAUGGACGACUGUUUUGAUCAUGAAUUUGUAAACUCUUUAUCACAUCAUUUCACUGUAGCUGCUUCACAGAAAACCCAGGACUUGGCCUAGUUUCGGUAUCAGUCUGGCACUGGUACAAACUGCCUACAUUUUCAAAACUCCAUGUAACUGCAGCGCGAUGAACUGCCUAACGGGGGCGCUAUUCUUCACAGUAUUCAACCUCCAGAGUCAGAUGUGUUCACUGAUAAAUGCCAGGUUAAGCCAGUCUAAGUCCUAUUGUAGACGUUUGAAUAGAAAAGAGAGGAGAGGUUGUAUCCAUGUUGGGUGAAAAUGAAUGGAAGUCAAUGGGACAGAUGAACAAUAUGGGUUUUAUAAUGUUAUUGUAAUUAUAAAUAGUUUCAGAGGUGCUCAAUAAAAGUCCCUGGUUUAGAACAUGGUUAAAUCCUGGUUUAGACCUGGUUAACAACAAGGUUUAGAUCUGGUUUAGUCAAAGAUUUUAGACCUGGUUUACAACUGGCUUCAGUCCUGGUUUAGUUCUGGGUUUUGUGUUGAUGAAUCUUCUUCUUUGGUCUAAUUAUGGUCAAUUAACCCACUACAACAUUUCAUAAAAUAGUAUUUGCAGAUUCUAGGUCUGGCAUUAGUUCUGGUCUAACACUAAUGUUCUUGAGGUCUAGCGAUUAAACUCGAUCUUAAUCCAAAUUUAACCAGGUUUAAUCCUAGAAGUAUUGACCUAGACGUGCUUUAGACCUGGUUUAGUCCCUGGUCUAGUCCUUAUUUAGUCUCAGUUUAGCCCUUAGUCCUGUUGUAGACUUGGUUUAGGCCACAAUGUUGUAGUAAUCUUAGAUUUGCGUUAAGUACUUUAUUCUGGGUCUAGACUUGGUUUAGGUUUGGUUUUACUCCCUGGGCUAAUCCUGGUUUAGAUCCUGGUUUAAACCUUGUUUAAACCUUGUUUAGACCUUGUUUAGACCUUGUUUAGUCUUGCCCAAGUCCAGGUUUACUCUUGGUCUAGUUCAGGUUUAGACCCAUGUUUAGUCCCAGUCUAGUCCUAGUUUACACCUGGUUUAUUCCUGGUUUUGUUCUGGAUUAGUCCUGGUCUCGUCUAGUUUAUAUCUGAUUUAGUCCCGUUUUAGCCCUGGUUUAGCCCUGGUUUAGCCCUGGUUUAGCCUUGGUUUAGCCUUGGUUUAGCCCUGGUUUAGUCCUGGUUUAGUCCUGGUUUAGCCCUGGUUUAGCCCUGGUUUAGCCCUGGUUUAGCCCUGGUUUAGUCCUGGUUUAGUCCUGGUUUAGCCCUGGUUUAGCCCUGGUUUAGCCCUGGUUUAGCCCUGGUUUAGCCCUUGUUAGCCCUCUGUCUCGCGUUGCCUUCCAUUCAUUUCCACGGUGGCGUCUUUAGCGUCAGUCCGUUUUAGCGCCUUAGCUCUUCACUUCCUGUUUAGUUGAGUUUAGUUUUUGGAGCAUUUCGGGUCUAUAUUUUCGUAGUGGGAGGGUGGUCUCUGUCUGUCCAUUUCUGUCUGAUUUUUUCCUCUUUUUUUGCAGCAAAUUUAAUGUGUGCUUAGAGCGGCCCAAAUGUACAACUUAUGAUUUCAAAAACUGCAAAAACCAAGAAAAAAACACAAAAAGGGUUGGAGAAAUACAAAUGUUUAAUUAUUUUAAAAAAUAAAGAGAUAUUAAAUUAAAUCUGUUUUGUGAUAAA